AUGGAUCCAUCCACUGGACCGAAAUCAACCUCAAUCACCCACGAUGAAGACAUGGGAUCCAAAGAAAAUAAUCAGCUGCCAGCAAUGAGGAAUGAUCUCCCAGAAGGGUACUUUCCCCAGACAGAGGAGGAGAAACAGCUCAGCCGUUCCCUCAAUCGAAAGUUGGACAUGAUUUUACUACCGGCUCUUUCAUUUUUGUACAUGUUCAAUGGACUGGAUCGAGGCAAUAUUGGAAAUGCUCAAACACAAGGAUUUGCACAUGAUAUUGGAACAACAGACAACGAUGUUAACAAUGCUGUAUCUUUAUUUUACGUUACAUUCGUGAUUUUCCAGCCCAUCUCUUCCGCCUGUGGGAGGCUCGUUGGGCCUACUUACUGGAUGCCUUUCCUCAUGUCCACAUGGGGAGUUUUGACAUUGUCUAAUGCUUUUAUUCAUGGUCGAAGCCAACUCAUUGCUCUUCGGCUCCUGAUCGGGCUGUUCGAAGCCGGAUUUUAUCCAACAGUUCUCUUCUACUUGUCAACCUUCUACACAAGGUUCGAUCUAGCCACCCGGAUUGGCGUCUUCUAUGGCCAGUACGCUAUUGCCGGUGCUUUCUCCGGUGCUAUCGCAUACGGUAUUUUCCAGCUCAACGGCGCUUUGCACGGCUGGCAAUAUCUUUUCAUCAUUGAGGGUUCCUUAACCGUCUUUGUGGCGCUAUUAGCCUUCCUUCUGCUUCCUAAGGAGCCUGGGUCUGCCUGGUUUCUUAAUGCCGCUGAAAGGGAGUAUGCUGCACAAAGAAUUCGCAUCGACAAUGAGAGAUAUGUCAUGAAGGAAUACGGAGCGACCAACACUGGUGAAGUGUCGCAAAGACUAACAAAGCGGGACAUUAUCGAAACCGCUAAGGACUGGAAGCUUUGGUCGGUGUUGAUCUGCAAUAUUUGUGCCAGCGUGCCCAGCCAGGCAUUUGGUGUUUUCCUCCCAGUGGUUGUGCAAGGCAUGGGGUACAGCUCUAACCAAGCCAACCUGAUGUCCGUUCCGCCGUUCGUGUGCGGCGCUGUUGGCUUGUACGUUGUUGCCUUCAGCUCUGACCAUUUCAAAGAAAGAGGCUACCACACUAUAUUUGGACUUAUUGUCUGCCUAAUUGGCUUGAUCAUGGUUAUCACUAUCGAGCAGGAUAAGGGCCGUUAUGCAGCGCUUUGCAUCCUUCUUCUCGGAAGCUAUAUCACCCCGUCUUUGACUAUGGCCUGGCUUAGCGGCAAUACUCCUGCCCCUGGAAAACGGUCAUUGGUAAUUGGCGUCAACGGAUUCGGAAACCUUGCUGGCGUUAUCGGGUCCCAGCUCUUUCGCUCUGAAUUUGGCCCGUCAUAUCUUGUCCCGCUCCACGCGACCCUCGGAUUUAUAGCCUUUUCCUUGGUCGGGUAUACUGCUUAUCGCUUCACGCUCCGCGCUGUCAAUAAGUACAGAAUCCGGAAGAUGUCGACAUGGUCGGAGGUGGAUAUUGAGAAUGAGCGGGAUAACGAACUUCGGCUGGGAGACAAGAAGUAUACUUUCAUAUAUAGUCUUUAG